GAACGUUAUAAGCUUGAACAUUUCAAAAGUUAACAAGAGGAGCAACAUUUAGCCGCGUUACAGAAGUUUGCGAAUGUUAGGGACAGAAAUUCCUGCACUUUAAGCAAUAGGGGUAAUAAUAGUAACUAAGGUAGUACAUCGUUAAAUAUCGUAUCUAAGGCUCAGAAAACUCAAGUCAUCUCUUACGGGACAGACUACAACUGAAUAAUGGCGGAACCAUUGAAGAGUUUGUUUGAGAAUAAGGCGGUGGAGAAAACGAAGAAGAACCCCGACCGCCUGUCGGUGGAGAGGAUCUACCAGAAGAAGACCCAGUUGGAGCAUAUUUUGCUGCGUCCCGACACCUACAUUGGCUCUGUGGAACCUGUCACACAGCAAAUGUGGGUGUUUGAUGAGGAUGUUGGAAUGACCUGUCGAGAUGUAACCUUUGUGCCAGGUCUAUACAAGAUCUUUGACGAGAUACUGGUUAAUGCAGCCGAUAACAAGCAAAGGGAUAAAACCAUGUCCUGCAUCAAAGUCAACAUUGACCCUGAGAACAACACCAUCAGUGUUUGGAACAAUGGGAAGGGUAUACCGGUGGUGGAGCACAAGGUGGAGAAGGUCUAUGUGCCAGCUCUCAUCUUCGGGCAGCUGCUCACCUCCAGUAACUACGACGAUGACCAGAAGAAGGUCACCGGCGGACGUAAUGGAUACGGCGCCAAACUUUGCAACAUCUUCAGCAACAAGUUCACCGUGGAGACGGCCUGCAAGCAGUCCAAGAAGACCUUCAGGCAGACGUGGUAUGACAACAUGGGACGAGCCGGCGAGUCCAAGAUCAAGCCGUUUGACGGCGACGAGUUCACAUGCAUCACCUUCCAGCCAGACCUGACCAAAUUCAAGAUGCAGACCCUGGACAAGGACACCAUAGCCAUCAUGACCCGACGAGCCUACGAUAUUGCCGGAUCCACCAAGGGGGUCAGAGUCUUCCUCAACGGCAAGAGGCUACCUGUGACUAGUUUCCGUAGCUAUGUGGACCUGUACCUGAAGGACAAAGUGGACGAGCUGGGCACGCCCCUCACUGUGGUCCAUGAGACGGUGAACGAUCGCUGGGAGGUCUGCAUCACCAUGAGCGAAAAAGGCUUCCAGCAAGUCAGCUUUGUCAACAGCAUUGCCACCACUAAGGGUGGGAGACACACUGACUAUGUGGCAGACCAGGUGACUGCUAAGCUUAUUGAGGUGGUCAAGAAGAAGAACAAGGCUGGAGUGGUCGUCAAGCCUUUUCAGAUAAAGAACCAUAUUUGGCUGUUUGUCAACUGCCUGAUCGAGAACCCCACCUUUGACUCCCAGACGAAGGAGAACAUGACCCUGCAGCAGAAGAGCUUCGGUUCCACCUGCCCCCUCAGUGACAAGUUCAUCAAACAGGCCACCUCCUGUGGGAUAGUAGAGAGCAUCAUGAACUGGGUGAAGUUCAAAGCCCAGACUCAGCUCAACAAAAAGUGCUCUGCCGUCAAACACACCAAAAUCAAGGGCGUGCCCAAGCUGGACGACGCCAAUGAUGCAGGUGGUAAGAACUCCAGCGGCUGCACUCUGAUCCUGACGGAAGGAGACUCGGCCAAGACGCUGGCCGUGUCUGGUCUGGGCGUGGUGGGCAGGGACCGCUACGGAGUCUUUCCCCUCAGGGGCAAAAUGCUCAACGUGCGGGAGGCCUCGCACAAGCAGAUUAUGGACAAUGCUGAGAUCAACAACAUCAUCAAGAUCCUGGGGCUCCAGUACAAGAAGAACUACAGUGACCCGGACUCCCUCAAGUCCCUGCGCUAUGGCAAACUCAUGAUCAUGACAGAUCAGGACCAGGAUGGCUCCCACAUCAAGGGGUUACUCAUCAACUUCAUCCACCACAACUGGCCUUCGUUGCUACGCCACAACUUCCUGGAGGAGUUCAUCACACCCAUUAUCAAGGCCACCAACAAGAAGCAGGAGCUGCCCUUUUACAGCAUCCCAGAGUUCACAGAGUGGAAGGACAAACAGCCCAACAUUAAAUGUUGGAAGAUAAAAUACUACAAAGGUCUGGGGACCAGCACCUCGAAGGAGGCGAAGGAGUACUUCAGCGACAUGCAGAGACAUCGCAUCCCCUUCAAGUAUGCUGGACCUGCCGACGACGAGGCAAUUACCCUGGCCUUUAGCAAGAAGAAGAUCGAGGAACGUAAAGAGUGGCUGACCAACUUCAUGGUCAACAGGCGGCAGCGCAGGGAGCACAACCUGCCUGAGGAUUACCUGUACGGCCAGGCCACCAAGUCCCUUUCCUACAACGAAUUUGUGAACAAGGAGCUGGUGUUGUUCUCCAACUCGGACAACGAGAGGUCCAUCCCUUGCCUGGUCGAUGGGCUGAAGCCGGGCCAGAGAAAGGUGCUGUUCUGCUGCUUCAAGAGGAAUGACAAGCGGGAGGUGAAGGUGGCCCAACUAGCUGGUUCUGUGGCUGAGAUGUCUGCUUAUCACCAUGGAGAGGUCUCUCUCAUGAUGACCAUAGUUGGCUUGGCCCAGAACUUUGUGGGCAGCAACAACCUGAAUCUGCUGCAGCCUAUGGGUCAGUUUGGGACCAGGCUACACGGAGGAAAGGACUCUGCCAGCCCACGUUACAUCUUCACCAUGCUCAGCCCCCUGGCUCGUCUGCUCUUCCCCCCGGUGGAUGACAACUUGCUGAAGUACAACUACGACGACAACCAGCGCGUGGAGCCCGAGUGGUACAUCCCCAUCAUUCCCACCGUGCUGGUGAACGGCGCCGAAGGCAUCGGCACGGGCUGGGCCAGCCGCCUGCCCAACUUUGACGUGCGUGAGAUCGUCAACAACCUCCACCGCAUGCUCAACGGGGAGGAGCCGCUGCCUAUGCUCCCCAACUACAAGGGCUUCAGAGGCACCAUCGACGAGUUGAUGACCAACCAAUACAUGAACAAUGGAGAGGUGGCCAUCCUCGACAGCACCACCAUCGAGAUCUCAGAGCUGCCGGUCAAGACCUGGACACAGUCCUACAAGGAGAAUGUUCUGGAACCCAUGCUGAACGGCACAGAGAAGGUCCCAGCCCUCAUCACCGACUACAAGGAGUACCACACGGACACCACAGUGCGCUUCGUGGUCAAGAUGACCGAGGAGAGGCUGAGGGAGGCGGAGAUGGCCGGCCUGCACAAAGUCUUCAAGCUCCAGCAGCCCCUCACCUGCAACUCCAUGGUGCUGUUUGACCACGUGGGCAGCCUGAAGAAGUAUGAGACCGUGCAGGACGUGCUGAAGGACUUCUAUGAGCUGAGGAUGAAGUACUACGUCCUGAGGAAGGACUGGCUGGCCGGCAUGCUGGGGGCAGAGAGUGCCAAGCUCACCAACCAGGCCCGCUUUAUUCUAGAGAAGAUCCAGGGAACCUUGGUUAUUGAGAACAAGCCCAAGAAACAGCUGAUCACCAUGCUAACGGAGAUGGGCUACGACUCUGACCCGGUCAAGGCCUGGAAAGAGGCCCAGGAAAAGGAGAAGACCGUGGAGGAGAUGGAAGGCGAGGAAGAGGAGGAGGAAGACACCAGUGGGCCGGACUACAACUACCUGCUGAACAUGCCCAUGUGGUACCUGACCAAGGAGAAGAAGGAGGAGCUGUGCAAACAGAGGGAUGCCAAGAUGACGGAGCUGAACACUCUGAAAAAGCAGAGCCCUGCGGAUCUCUGGAAGGAGGACCUCGCUGCCUUCACUGAGGAGUUGGAGCGAGUGGAGGCGAAGGAGCGGGAGAACGCCACCAUGCCAGCAGUGAAGGGCAAGGCUGUCAAGAGCAAGGGGGUGAAGGUGAAGCAGGAGACGAUGCCCACGCCUCAGGGACGCCGCGUCAUCCCACGCAUCACCAGCACCAUGAAGGCCGACGCCAACAGGAAGGCCGUGGUCAAGAAGGAAGGAAGCAAGAAAGGCAAAAAGGGUGAGGAUGUUGUGGUGAAGAUGGAAUUCGAUGAGGAGGGAGGAGAGAACUGGGAUCAAGCUGAUCCUCAGGAGACUGGCCUGGCAGCACGACUGACCAAGAAAACCAAGGCACCAUCCAAGGACAAAGCAUCAAAAGCAACAGGCAAACAGACCACCCUGUCGUUCAAGCCCAUGGCUUCCAAGAAGGUCAAGAAGAACCCCUGGUCUGACGAGGACUCCGACAGUGAAAUAGAGAUUGAUGGAGAAGUGGAGCCGAUUGUACCAAAGGCAAAACCUGAACGCAAAGCCAAAGCUGCUGUGAAGUACAACCUUUCCAGCAGCGAGGAUGAGUUUGAUGAGUGUGGAAUGAGUGCCCCGAAGAGCAAGGCCGCAGCCAUCAGCGACGAUGACGACAGCUUUGCCCCCGAGCUGAGCGCCGAAGCCGAUAGCGAACUGGACUCUCCGCUGCCUAAGGCUCCCGUGCCCAUGAAGAAAGUGGUGAAAAACAAAUUGACGACAGUUAAAGAAGCCAAAAGCAAAUCCAGCUCUCCAUCUGAUAGCGAUGGCGUGAUGGUGUCCAAGCCCCCAGCCAAGCCCAAGGCAGCCCCCAAACCCAAAGAGGCUGCCCCCAAGAAACCAACCGCCGCCAGGAAGCCGGCCGCUAAGAAGGCUGGAGAUGCAAAUCAGCCAUCUAUCAUGGACGCUCUGUCCAAGCCCAAACCAGCCUCCAAAACCGCUGCCAAAAAGGUCCAUUCGUUUGACUCCAGUGACUCGGAGGUCCCCUCCCGGGCACCAGCUCCGUCUAAGCCACUGUCCAAACCCAAGCCUGCUGCCAAGAAGGUCCCGUCGUUUGACUCCAGCGACUCGGAGGGCCCGUCCAAGGCACCCGCCCCAUCCAAGGGUCCGACCAAGCGCAAGGAACUGGACAGUGACGACUCAGGGGACAGCUCUGAUGACCUCAUGUCACGAAUCAAAGGAAAGAAGACGACCGCCACCGCCAACAAGAAACCUAAAGUUUGGGACGAUGAGAGCUUUCAGAUUUCAGAGGGGGAGGCUGCAACUCCAGUGGCUCCUCGGAGUAAACCAGCUCGUGCCAAGAAACCUGUGGCUUACAUAAUGGACUCAGACUCUGACGAAGACUUUGACUAGACUUUCUAUUGUCUAGGAUAUAACGGCUGAAGUCCCCUUUUGUUUAGUCAGUGCUUUUAUCGUUUUUAUGUCAGCUGCUUGGCCGGGUAUGGCUUUGCUUUGUAGCAGUUAGGUCUUUUCAUGACUGCACUGUUUAUGGUGAUUCUGGUUGUAUUAUCAUACUUGAAGGGGGGGGGGGGGGUCAAAGCAAUAUGAAACAAAAUAACAAUCAUUUCGUGUGAAGUUAUACCAGAAGGCAGUUUUGGAUAAUUUUUUAUUUCUAAAAAAUUAUUGUUUUUAAUGUUUGUACUUAUGUGGCUUUCAUGUUUUUUUAUGUUGUCUUGUCAUGUAAAUAUUUCACUGGAUUUAUUUUAUACUCUUUGGAAAAUAAAGUUCUUGUUAAUAUUG